UCCCGCCCCCCUGCUCCUCUACUACCCUCUCGACUCCUAAACGCUGAUGUGUUACUAACUCAAGCCGUAAACUCCGUCAAAAUGUUCAGUUUCGGACCCAAAUUGUUGCUGCUUUUCCUCCUGGCCUUCCCUUGUGGGUUAAUAUCCAUCGGCCAAGUCUCUGCACAAUCAGAUUCUGCUGAGGACGUCACUGAAGACACAGAAGACACAGAAGCUGCAGUAGAUGAAGAAGAAGAAGAUGAUGAGGAAGAUGUGCUUGUUGAGGAAGAUCAGAUGCAACCCACGGAAGGAGAGGAAGACGACACUGACGAAGGAGCUGAUAAACAGUUGUUGUCUCACCCUGAGGCCGACACCACCAUCAUCUUCAUGACGGGAGAAGAGUUUUAUGCCAAUGAAAUUGUGAGGUUUCUGGUUGGUUUCACCAACAAGGGAAGUGAUGACUUCACUGCUCAGUCACUGGAGGCCUCCUUCCGUUACCCUCAAGACUUCCAGUUCUACAUUCAGAACUUCACAGCUCUGCCUCUGAACACACUCAUCAAGCCCCAGGCUCAGGCCUCCUUCGAGUACUCCUUCAUCCCUGCUCAGCCAAUGGCAGGUCGUCCAUUCGGUCUUGUCAUCCUCCUCAACUAUCUUGACACAGAGGGUGGCGUGUUCCAGACAGCCAUUUACAACCAGACCGUCACCAUCAUUGAGCGUGAAGAGGGCCUGGACGGAGAAACGAUGUUCAUGUACGUCUUCUUGAUUGGACUGGUGUCCCUGAUGCUGUUUGGGAUGUAUCAGGUCCUGGAGACAAGGACGAAAAAGAGACUUUCAGUGAAAAUAGAGAAGGGCACUGGUGGGAUGAACGAUGUGGACAUCAGCUGGAUUCCUCAGGAGACUCUGAACGUCAUGAACAAGGCCUCCCCUAAAGCUUCACCACGGAAACGAACCAACAGGGCAGCAGGAACAGAUCAAUAAAAAGUGCCCAUUUCCAUUCAUCACUAUGCUGUCCAUCAAGCUUUAAAGCUCAUUUCCUCACCACACUAACCUAAUUAACAUCCACAAAGGACCAACAAUUCAGGGAUCCAAUUUCUGCUCUGAGUAAAGUGUUUUAAAUGUUUGUUUUGAUCUUUGCUGGUCUCCUCGUACAGCGACCAGAAAGCAUCCUGAACUCUGCUGCUUCUAUAAGAGCAUCAACAUUUAGACUCUAAGUGGACUGAACCACAGUUCAGUUAAAGGGACUUUUGUAUCAGUGUGUGUGCGUUUGAAAAGCGAUAUGUGAUCAGCCAAAAAGUCAUAAUUUUUUUACGGAAAAAUAAGGGAAUGUGGUAUAAACUUCUCUCAAAUGAUUGAUUAGUAUUGAAAUGACUUCUGACAAGUUUCAUUUGUAAAAUAAGAUGAAUCCCUCUCCCCUCUUUCACGUAAACACCAUCGUGCCUUGUUUUUAAUUGUAUUUGUGAAGCCACACAAAUAUUUAACAUCAAGAAAAAAAGGACAGAGUCAUUUUGAAGUGUUCCUAAAAAACAGUCACAUUCCAUCUGAAGUUUUAUCCCUGUAUUUAAAUGUUGUUUUUCAAUGUGGCGAUGACAGCUGCAAAUACAAUGAACAUUCAAACAGUAUUCUUUGGAUUACAGCAGGUCAAUAUACCUGUGCUGACUGUUAGAGGCUCAGUGGAGAAUUUCAGGCACACAAUAGGUGCCAGUGGUGCAAUUUUUUUCAAAUUGCAACUAUUGUUUUUGAUAAAACACAUUUUUAAAACAAUAAAAGGGUGAAAAGUA